CCCCGCGCACUUGGGGCUCGGCGGGAGUUCGGUAGUAGGUGCUUGCCCGUGCCUCGAGCUUUUGCACAAGCGCAGAGGUGUCCGAGAAGCCAGCUCCGCCAUGUCUAGUAAGGGCAGAAGACAGUCCCUCACUUUAGACCUAAGCCACAGACCGGCUGCCACGGGCGGGAGCUGGAGCCGCCUCCUCGGCCCCUUCGCGUUCCCCGCCGCCGUGGCUGCUCUGCGGCGCGCGCCGCGGGCCGGGGUUGGCGGGGAGGGGCCGAGCGGCAGCGACUGCCCUCCGCGGGUCCUGGGCUCCCCGCGACCCCCUCCUCUGCAGGGAGGGCGGGGGUCGCGGCGGUGGAAGCGGGACUCCACCGUCUCGGAGUGGGGAGCCCGGAGCGGGGCAGGGCUGGCCGGCUGGGAGCCUGGUGCAGCCCGCGACGUGCCCAUCCCGGGGACUCCCACGUCUGCGGACCCGGCUCCCGGGAUCUCUGCGGGCGGCCUCUGCAUUUGGACCGAAGGCUGGAAGGAGCGGGAGAGCGGAUACGGUCACGAGGUGCAGAUCGGUGCCCUGCGCGGGCCGCUCCCCAGCCCCAGGGCGCCAAGAACGGUCUCUGCAAACGGGUCAAGCAUGGAAGUGAGGACGCACUCGGGCGAGGCUGGUGUGCAGCGUGUGGGUUGGCCAUGGUGCACACUCGAUAGCGGGCAUCUUCAUCGACCUCGCGAGAGUGGCCAGCCAGCCCGCAGAGUGCAAAUGAAAGGGUCCUCGGCCUGGCCCAUAGACGGAAGGUGGGGAACCCUGCACAGGUUAUUCACAAGGCCCCUUGGCAGGCCAGCGGUGCCCAGCCUCCCCAGGCCCCCAGGAAGUUGGAACAGGACCCAAGGUCUUAUUCCGUGUGUCCAGGGCUGCUGGUGUUUCCUUCCAGUGACGGGGAUCCUGGAGGCUCUGUGUGGGGUCACUCCUGCUACCUCGUCCACGCUGUGCUGACCAGCCCCAGCCCAGGCCCCUCACACCCUGGAGCACACCCAGGCACUGUCAGGCGACCACGCACCUGUCCGCUCUUCCAGCUACGCUGCCAUCAUCUGCUCUGGUGGCCUUGUGAUGGCCGCUCACGGCCCUCACUGGCAUCUUGGAUGUCUCAAAAUCAUCAGCCUGAUUUUCAGCCAGUUAGGAAUGUGCGGAGUGUGGCUGUGCCUAGCUGCCUGGUAGAGCCACGCCCAGCCCCGCUAAGUCCUAGAUACAGUCUUAAACCCAGAGCUGACCCACUGUGAUUCAUUUGGGCCUGGCCACCAUCUGCUCCUGUGGAAUGCCCACCUGUGGUGGGGUGGAUAAUGGUCCCCAAAAGGAUAUGUCCAUGGUGUAGUUCCCAGAUUCUAAAUGUGGCCUUACUGGAAAAGGGCUUCUUUGCAGGUUUUUUUGUUUGUUUGUUUGUUUUUGAGGCAGGGUCCAGUUUGGCUUUGAACUCACUAUUUAGCCCAAGCUGGCUUGAAACUCGCUGUGAUCCUCCUGUCUUAGCCUCCUAAGUGCUGAGAUGACAGUUGCAGAUAUACUUUAGUUCAGGAUGUUAAAACGAGAUUAUUCUGGAUUACCAGGGAGGGCCUUAAAUCCAAAAACAAGUGUUCUUUAAGAGAAAGUAGAGCCAGGCUGGGCAUGGUGGCGCACACCUGUAAUCCCAGUACUCGGGAGGCUGAGGCAGGAGGAUCAU